UAGUUUUCAUUUGGUUCUGAUGGUGGUUGGGUGAUUCUUGUUGAGCAAGGUUGCUUCGGUUGGCAUACUGAUUCAUUUCAGUAAUAGUUCUUUUUUCUGAUUACUGUGAAAAGUUCAGAAAAUAAUCUUACAAUUCCUCUGGCACGUUAGAAAAAUACAAGCAUGAAGUACCUGCUACUUCUCAUUUGUGGAGUUUUUCUGCUCACAGGGUUUUCCCCGGUGCACGCGGAUGACGACGUAGAGGAUGUAGAUCUUCCGGUAGUUGAACAGGACCUAGGUGCCUCGAAAGAAGCCUCCCGUACUGAUGCUGAGGCAGUUCAGCGAGAGGAGGAAGUAAUCAAAUUAGACGGCUUGAAUGUGUCUCAAAUGAAGGAACUACGCGAGAAGUCGGAGAAAUUUACCUUUCAAGCAGAGGUUAAUCGUAUGAUGAAACUUAUCAUCAAUUCAUUAUACCGCAACAAAGAAAUCUUCUUGCGUGAGUUGAUUUCGAACGCAUCCGAUGCACUCGAUAAAAUACGGUUGCUUUCCCUUACCAAUCCGGGAGUUCUUGAUAGUAAUGAAAGCCUCGAGAUUAAAAUCAAGGCUGAUAAAGACGCGAAAGUGUUGCACAUUAUUGACACUGGUAUCGGUAUGACAAAGCAGGAUCUAGUCAACAAUUUGGGUACAAUUGCCAAAUCAGGAACAGCAGAUUUUCUCUCAAAAAUGCAGGAGUCUAAAUCUGAAAACCAGGACGUCAAUGAUAUGAUAGGACAGUUUGGUGUUGGUUUCUACUCAGCUUUCCUUGUGGCUGAUAGAGUCGUUGUGACAACGAAGCAUAACGACGAUAAGCAGUACAUUUGGGAGUCCGAUGCCGCUAGUUUCAGCAUCGUAGAAGAUCCUCGUGGCAAUACAUUGCAGCGGGGGUCACAAAUCUCUUUGCACCUGAAGGACGAAGCUCAAGACUUCCUAGAACAGGAUACUGUUAAACAGUUAAUCAAGAAAUACUCACAAUUUAUUAACUUCCCUAUCUACUUGUGGAACAGCAAAGAAGUGGAAGAGGAGAUUCCAGUAGACGAUGAGCCUGUUGAGAAGUCUGAAAAGAAGGAUGAAGAUCAAAUUGAGGAAGAGGACGGAAAGGUUGAAGAGGAAGUAGAAGACGAAAAACCAAAAACUAAGAAAAUCAAGAAAACUGUUUGGGAUUGGGAGAUUAUGAAUGAUAGUAAACCUAUCUGGACAAGAAAACCAAACGAUGUGACGGAUGAUGAGUAUACUGAGUUCUACAAGAGCUUAACUAAAGAUACAACGGAGCCACUAACGCACACACACUUCAUUGCUGAAGGAGAAGUGACCUUCAAAUCAUUGCUUUUUAUUCCGAAGGUACAGCCGUCGGAAAGCUUCAAUAAGUAUGGAACAAAAUCGGAUAAUAUCAAACUUUACGUACGUCGUGUGUUCAUCACCGAUGAGUUCAAUGACAUGAUGCCAAACUAUCUUAACUUUAUUCGUGGUGUUGUCGAUUCGGACGAUCUUCCGUUGAAUGUUUCGCGAGAAACUCUUCAGCAGCACAAAUUGAUCAAGGUUAUAAAGAAAAAAUUGGUUCGGAAGGCACUUGAUAUGAUAAAGAAAAUCGACAAGGAAACGUACGAAAAAUUCUGGAAAGAAUUCUCGACAAACAUCAAGUUGGGCAUUAUGGAGGAUCCUAGCAAUCGUUCUCGUCUCGCCAAACUGCUACGUUUCCAGUCAUCUAAUGGCAAAAGUUCCAAGGAGUACACCAGUCUCUCUGAUUACGUUUCUCGAAUGAAAUCAAAACAGGAACACAUCUAUUUCAUCGCCGGUUCCAGCAGAGCCGAGGUUGAAAAGUCGCCAUUCGUGGAACGUCUACUUUCUCGUGGAUACGAAGUGCUUUAUCUUGUCGAAGCAGUCGAUGAGUACAGCAUUUCCGCGCUACCCGAGUUUGAUGGCAAGAAGUUCCAAAACGUUGCUAAGGAAGGUUUCGUUCUGAACGAGUCAGAGGAAUCCAAAGCGAGAUUCGAAGAACUUAAAGCAGAAUUCGUGCCCCUACUCAAGUGGUUGAACGAUGUUGCGCUUAAAGACAAGAUUGCGAAAGCCCAAGUCUCCGAACGUUUAUCAAACUCACCGUGUGCUUUAGUUGCUUCCAUGUUUGGAUGGACAGGUAACAUGGAACGAUUAGCCAUGGCCAAUGCCCAUCAGAAAACGGACGAUCCGCAACGCCAGUAUUAUCUGAAUCAGCGCAAGACGCUUGAAAUUAAUCCGCGUCACCCGUUGAUGCGAGAAUUGUUACGACGUGUAGAAUCCGACGCUGAAGAUAUCGUUGCAAAAGACAUGGCUAUUCUGAUGUUCAAUACUGCUACACUUCGAUCAGGCUUUCAUUUGCCGGAGACUGCCGAUUUUGCCGACAGUAUCGAGCGAAUGAUGCGACAAAAUCUUGGUGUAUCGUUGGAUGAACAGCCCGAGGUGGAGGACUUCGUUGAGGAGGACGAUGGCGGCGAUGGUGCUUCCAAAGACGACGACGAAGAAGAGGUCAAUGCCGAUGACAGUGCCGACCAUGACGAACUGUGAAAUGAUCGAGUUCAGAGAGAAUUACUUCCUUAGAAAGAAUGAAUGUGUAGGUAGUGUGUAAGCAAGCAUCAUUGGACUGAUUUUAAAUCGAUAAACCACUAAUGUCCUUGUGUUUAUCAAACAUAGUCAAGCUAAUUUUCCGUUUCUUAAUGCGAGAAAAGUAACGUUAGAAAGCAUGUUUUUAAUGCUUCAUUUAAGUCUAGAUAAUCGUCCGUUCAUUUAGUGAUAGUAAGAAACUUGCAUUUCCGAGUGGUAUGAACAGCGAUUUCUUUGUUUAUUCAUCUACGUCUGGAUUUAAAUAUCCUGUUUGCAAGACUGCAAAUUGUGAACUUUACAAAGUGAAUCAUCACAUUUUGAAUGAUCAAACCAGAAAAAUAGAUGAUCAGAACAAAUUAAGUUUACGUACACCAGAAUUUUUUGUGUUAUGAUUCGAGGAAAUAAAUGAUAACUAUAAUAUAACUAAACUUA